CAAGGUUUUGUGUUGUCAGUAGUCACUUUUUGAAUAGUCGCGCUACAGUUGUGGAUGGGUCUGUUGUCCUGUUGUUGGGGCGUGGUUUUCAUAUACAUAUAUAUCAUCAGUUAUGGAUAAGAUAAUUAUAGGUUUGCUAGCCAGUAGCCAUCCUGAAAGCACGAAGAUUAUACUUCUGGAGAGGUUGCGGGAACAUAUUAGUAAACUUGAUGAAACGGAUUUUUUUAAAGAUGUUGUUUUCACUUGUAUUCAGAAUAUGCACAGUAGAAAUGAUUACUCUCAGUUAUAUAUGAGUGUAGUUUGUGAUCUAUUAUGUUCGAUUGAAUCCCAUUUGUCAGAUAAUUCUACAAUUCAUCUUUCUCAGCAGAUCACAAGUUCCUUCACUCCACUUGCUUUAAAUUCAUUUCCAGAAGCUUUGUCUACAUUCAUAAAAAAGAUUCUUAAGCGCCAUUCAAUGAUAUUUAUCCAGUUGUCCUUGGAAAAUCCUGGAUGUCUGUCGACUUUAUAUUCUGGGCUUCAAAUUGUUUUGGAUUACAAUCUUCUGAACGAUAACAAACAAUUGUACUUUCUUAUUCAGCACGCUCUUGUCAAGUCGUCAUUGCAUAAGUCAACUUCCUAUGAUCUCUGUGAUGAUAUGUACUUGACCUUUGUAUCUAAUAUUUUUCAAGUUUUGGUAACUUUAUCUUCCCAGUUCCCCUCCGGGAAUUUUCCAUCCUAUUCAUUUGAUAUUGAACUUGUUGAGUCCAUCGCACGAUCGGUAAUCACGUUUGUUACAGAGCCAAAACUUAGCAGUUACCAGUCCAACACAUGUAUACUGACUGAACGUCUCACUUCUUUGGUUCAGGAUGUUUUAGUCAGUUCCAGUUAUGAUUGCCAUUACAUUUCCGUCGCUUCCAUGUUGUCUGAACUUCAGGAGUUUUGCUCAGACGAUUCAUUGUUGUCGGAAACUAUUUGUAGAUUUAUCGAUCAACUUGGUCAACGUCAUAUCACCAACAUUGAGACAUGUUUUACGGUAUUGCGUCGUUUAACUCUGUGGCUCACUUGGUCUGAACUGGCUACUUAUCGGUCUUCUCUAGACCUCUGGCUUAUUGGAUUUCAGUGCGAAAUGUUCAAAAAGUUUCCUCCUACUGGGUCACAGUCUUUAACCAACUAUUGGUCGGAUUUCAUGUGUUGGCAAUUCAAAUUUGUCUUAGAACUCAUGGGCCGUUUGUCGCUUCCACAUGAUUCAACUGUAUAUGCUUUGGCCUUUUUCAUUCUCAGUGGCGACGACAAGCAUGAUCAAUAUGCUGAUGAUAUAGUCUCACACCUAGCACCUGUUCUGAGCAAACUGCUUAGUAUGUAUGUUGACGACCCAUUAAAUGAAGAAUGCAAAGAUAUUCUGCUUAAAAUGUACACAAUUUCACGCUUACUUGAUCCUCUAGUUAUUUCUACUGGUAAUGAUUUAUCAAGAACAUGUAUACAGAAGAAGCAUCUAGUUACUUUGCUAGGUAAAUUUCAUAGCCAGUUCAACGACGAAAACAGUCCUGAGAUUUGGAGUACGCGAACAAAAAUAUAUAAAUUGGAGUUUCUAACAAAGUUUGGGCCUCAAGCUGGAAUUCGUAUUCGAAAAAUAUGGGAGCGUUGGAAUUUAACUUCAACAAUCCGACUAGUUAGUAUACAUCCAACAACUGUAAAAGUAAGUAUCUGCCUAGGUUUUGACUUUAGUAAAUGUUGCAUAUAAAGAAUUGUCGGAAUAUCAUUCAUAUAUUGUCAUCUUGACGUUCUAGCUUAUAAGUCAACCAUUUUAUUGUGUGCCGGAUUGAACCAGAUUUAUUGCCUGGUACAUAAUAAUAAUAAUGCUUACAUUUUGGGGUUUGGGGAGACUUUUUUAUGAGUAAUACAAUCCCUCAGUUUGCUUUCCAUAGUAUCAACUAAGUUUUGAAAUAAGAUAUUGAGUGACAAUUAGUUUGUUUGCACAUAGACUAUGAUACAGAUAUUGCAUAGCAAAAGCACACCCACCAAGCAUUAAACCGUUGGAGUUGUAGCUCAAUGCAUGGAAUUUUAAAGUUUGUGCUUCAAAUUUGAGUUGAUUGCUACGUCACUUGGUCUAAGAGCCAGCAGUUAGUUAACCACUCAUCAUUGUAAAUCUUGGCAUAGAUUUGCAUUGACACAAGUUGCCACAUCACAGCACGAAGAAGUGAACCACCAAAGAGUUCAGGAUGAUGUUUGAAAAGGCUACUGUAGGGCACCUCGUUUUAUUCUGUAUAUGAAAAACCAGCCUUUAAAAAUAAGUGGUAUUCAUAUGCUACUAUCUUUUGAUCAUACAUACCUUCAAAGCGUCUCUCGCACAUGCUGGGACCACUGGGUGAGCAAUAAUGAAUUUUUAUUUAUAUUUAUUUGAACACAUAGAUAUUGGUACAAGGAGGCACCAAAUACAUAUGCGUCACACAAAUCUCAUUUGAUUUGUGCGAGGGCAGUGAUACUGCCCGGGUGCCCAAACCGAAGCAGGUGGUUUUCUUAGCGCGCCACAUCUGGAGCCUUUGACCUAAAGGGCUGAUCCACAAGGCAGUGGAGCGACGUUAGGAGAUGCAGUCCCAUGAUAGUCGGUGACCAAUGACUGGUUCAUACACCAUUUGUUCCCUCAGGAUACUGGAGCCCAUAUGCGUCAUUGGUUUGGAAUCAGGGUUUUCCAACUCACCUAGGUGUUCACCAACCCGGUUAAGGCAGACAUUCGCUUUCCGUCCUCUCAAUUCCGUAAACAACACCCGUGGUGCGAGAAAGCAGUGAGUAGGACUUCCCUGGCAGAGGCUAUAUACGCGUGGCCAUGUGAGAGCAGUUCGAGAGGAUGAGCGGACUCUCCCCACUCUCGGCCGUACCAGGGCUUUUGGGAUAGUUAAUGCUUAUCAACUGGGGAUCCCUAACCACCACCCACCUCGGCGCAGGACGUUUGCCAGUGUAGUAGUAGAUUGGGAGAAAAAUAAAGGCGACCAAUCCAAGAUUUGUUAUCAGUUGAUUUAACCAUAUUGGCAGGUCUAGAAUAACAUGUUGAGGUCCUCUCAUUUGUUGUACCCAAUAGUUCCAAGUGUUGGAUGAUACGCCUCAGAAUCAAUCCUAAUUUAGAUGCAUUCCAUUUUAGUCUUGCCCUGGAUCCUAAGCUUUGAACUUAUUUUAUGUUUUUUUAUUCCCCUCAUUCACACUCUCUUCUUGAGUCAUGUCGUUUAUACCUAAUUCUUCCUAAUACUCUGGGAUUCGCGUUGAUCACUUCAUCCUACUCUUGAAGUGGCAUAACAAUUUGAACCGAUCCAUAUGUAUGACGGGUUCUACGCCGCAUAUGACUGACUGAAUAGCUAAGAGAAAACGUUUGAUAGGGGAUCGUGAAAUUAAAUUCUGUGGUAACUGACACUCAUCAGCAAGUGAUAUCUGCAUCCUGGGUGCACGGAUUCUCACUGAUUGUCUCUAGGCACAACAUUAAAAUAAUAGCUUUAUAUUUACCCACAAGCUGCGUAACAUCUUUAUGCUUUUCAAACCGAAAAAGUCAACAUCAGUCUGAACAAAAGGUUGGUAGUCGUUACAAUGCUGCUUAGAUUUGCUGCCGUUUAAUACAUUUUUUGAUUAUUAAUUUUAUUACCUGACCUUACUUUUCUUACUGAUGAAGACAAACCGUUCAGUUGCUGGUUAUAAAGGUAUAUUAAACGUUGGAAAUACAUGUUAUGCAAAUGCAGCUCUGCAAUUACUUUAUCACUGCUCCGAGUUUCGUCGGGCCUUAUUUGGAUUUCAUAAAGCUUAUUCAUCGACUGGCACAGUUAUGGCAUCUUGCACCUCGUUUUCAAACAAAAUUGACUUUGUUUUGCCAAGCCAAAAUUCAAACCCAGUGAAUAAUCUCAGUUUGUCAGUCUCAGAUUUGCAUGAAAAUGUACGCUCGUCAGAUAAUGUAACGUCAUCAGUUGAACAUCAGGGUAUUUUACAUGCUCAUCUAUUUUCACUUUUCCAGUCACUCGAUACACAUCAACUCCCAACUGUCCGUGACAUACGAGCUGUACUUACACUUACUAAACCAGCACAUUUUGUAUCUGGUGAACAACAAGAUGCAGCUGAAUAUUUAAACUACUUAUUGGAUCGAUUACAUGAAGAAGAGUUAUGUUGUAAAAAACAACAAAGUCUCUCUCUCGAUUCAUAUUGCAAUUCAUCAACUUUUACGGCUGAUCGAUAUAUUCAACCUACAAUGAACGCGGAUUUCAAACCAAAUCCAUCUUGUUCUUACAGUACAAAUAAACAGUCCUGUUCAACUGACUCUAUACAGAACCUUGGUGAAAACACCUUAAAUGACGACUCUGGUUUAUCAUCAUCGUCAGCAGUUGCGCGUCUUUUUGGAGGUACUAUGCUAAGGCACACUUCUUGUGUAGAGUGUCAAUAUGUCUCCAGUUCUAGACAAGAACAAUUUAUUUGUCUAUACGUUCCACUAACUAAACCACAGGAGUUGCUGUAUCAAGACCAGGCACCUAGUGAAAACCCAAGUUUUGUUACCAAGAUUCCUGUAUCCAAUGAUUCGGAACUAGUGGAAGAAGAAAUUACCGAGCCUGGAACAGAUUUAUCUACUCUAAUACAAACACAUUUUACUAGAAUUGAACAUGUUGCUUCAUCAACAAAAUGUGAAUCAUGUGGUAAACACACGGUUCAAGCUAGAUCCUUAAAAUUACAGCAGCUUUCGUCACAUGUGUUGAUUUGUUUAAAUGUUUUUAAAUAUUCUCGAGUUAAUCAAACAUGUUCAAAAAUUAUGCAUCGUGUCCAUAUACCAGAACGCUUAUCAGUUACAGUAUCAUCUUCAAACACAGAAACCUAUACAUACAACGAUAUCUCUGCAACAAAUGAUUCUGCUAAAUCUAAAUUCACUUCCAGAACUUAUAGUCUACAAGCAAUGAUUUUGCAUAGUGGCUUAUCGGUUAGUUGUGGUCACUACACUUGUGUAGCUAAAGUUGGUAUGCAGUGGAUAUUGUUUGAUGAUGAUAAUGCUGAUUAUACAACAUUAGAAGACAUUUACUCUGAAUCCUUGAACACGCCUUAUCUCUUACUGUACAGUCAAACUUAGACAUAGAGUUCUCAUCUCUAUUUCUAUCAUUCAUUUUUAUCUUCAGUUCAAAAUGAAUAUGUACUUCAUUAUGUUCUUAAAGAUUUUCCUAGCAAUUUUUUUUACCGAAUGCUUUAAUUCCACAUGUAACUUUAGUUUCUAAUUUCACUGUAGAUUCUGUUUUUCAAAAUUCAUCUAGUUAUUCAGUAAAUCAAAUGAUGAAGAUAGUGUUUUAUUGUUCACAGUAUCUCAAAUUGUACAGUUAAUUUCAGGAAUUGUUGAGAAAUUAAAAUCUCAUUGUACUUUGCUUUUAAUGCUGUUCAUCUCAGAGUUGGGUGUGUACAUAUGAGGGUGGUUGAGUCUAAUAGAAGUAAGAUAUUUAACUGUAGUUUAUAUAAAAUAACAUUAAAAACCACUUUCCAGAUAAAGACGUUAAUUGUAACAUAUCUGCGUCAAACUAACACAUCAUGUUGGCAGGCCUAGAGUGUUUAUUAUAUUAGGCUUUUCGUUGAAGAGACUUCUAUCAUUGAAGAAUCUGUGAGUGUCUACUGAAGAUCGAUUUCCCAUUGGUUACAAACAUUCCGCCUGUCAACGCUUCAAAGAAGUUAAUAUUUUUUGUUGUCCUCUACCCGUACUAUUUAAAAAUGACUAAUAGCCUGAGGUUUUUUUUAAAACAAAUAUUCAUUCCGCAUAAACUUUUUCCUUUAAUUUCAAACUGUUUCAACACACAUUUAGGCCUAUAAGCACUUACUCUUGUUUCGUUUGAUUGUCCUGUUCUCAUGACUGAAACUACUUUUCUGUAUUUUACUUAGAUUUAAUUAUCUUGUAAGAAUAUCCAUUCAAAACCUAGAAAUUCCGAACAAGUGUUUUUCCACAAUAUGGUGCGUCCUGUAAUUUAAUGACAUUUAUGUAAUAUACACUCGUGGACAAUUUUCUGAUUCCCAUUAUUUUCGAAAGGACUGUUGUGAUUUAGUUAGUUGUGAAAUAAACUUUGUUAAGUUAUUGAUACGACAGUACAACUUAC